AUGACUUGGAUACUAGAUGGCCCCAAGUGUUUGAAUGCUAAGAACAUCACCGAGGCCAUUGACGGCAGCUAUGUUCCCAUGUUUGGAGAAACUGAGGAUGAUCCAACCCGACAUUUUUGUUCGAUUCCUAUAGACAAACAACUUGAUGCUCUUGGACGAGCUGUUGAUUCUGGUAAGAUUAGAUAUGGGGUGAUGAGGUUUGUUCAGGUAGCUGAAAGGGGCACUCCGCAUCCAAAGAUUGUCUCUGUGCAGAACUCGUACAGCUUGGUCUGUCGAACUUCUGAUUCGCCGUCGGGAAGGGCUUCUUAUCUCAACAUGCAUUUGGGUUUUCAUUUUUUAUGGCUUUCAGAUGCUCGGAACUUACAAUACUAA